AGGCCUAAGGUAGGUAGACUGGAGAGCAGGGAAAAUAAGUAUGCCAGGCAAAUGUGAUUAGGGAGGUAAGCUGGCGUCAGGUAGGCCGCCGGUUGUUUAUUAUGUGGCAGUCUAGAGAUAGGGUUAUGCACGCUAGUGCACGGCAACCCUGCGAUCCGGGAACGCACCAACGCGAAACCGAAGCUCCGCUCGUACCAUCUCUAGCCUCUAAUUGGUUCCGCCCCCCUCAGCCCACAGACGGCCGGCCGCGCCUCUCGCAACACGUCCCGAUUUGGUCUUUUUCACGAGACCCACUAGGCUCCAGCGACAGCUUCGCUUGCUUCCUGAUGAGUCUUGCGAUUAGUGUUGGGCCAACGAGCUGACGUGUAUCUUAGGGGCUGUGUGUGUCUGUGCCGUGUAGAUAAUCGUGUAGGUAAUAACAAGGUUAAUGCAAUGGAAGGAAGAGGUCACCGCUGGUCGGUGUCGGCGUCGUCGCCGUGGUGGCCGUCUCUUUUUUG